AUGGUUUUCUUCUCCAUGUCCAGAAAGGGCAAUGGAUACAUCUUCCACUCUAGAUCAGCCUCAUGUUUAUCCCCCUGGAUCCAGAAAACACGGCUCUCAACACUCCCCAAUCCCAUCAGCACCACCCAACCCAAACUCAUCGACACCAUGCCAAAACUCAAAGACCUCCUCUCCCACCUUAAUGAAUCCCUCCCAAACAACCCCCCCUCGCUGUACAUCGACCUCGAAGGCCGCGCCCUCUCGCGCCACGGCUCAAUCUCAAUAAUGCAGAUCUUCCACCUCCCGCUCGACCAGAUCUACCUGGUUGACGUCCACACCCUGGGAGCCGCCGCAUUCACAACGCCAGCGGACUCCAAGACGGACACAAACCAAGCUCAACCAGGUCCACAGCCAUGCACAUUAAGCUUGAAGAGUAUACUCGAGUCCCCCUCAGUCGAAAAAGCCUUCUUCGACGUCCGCGCCGACUCAGACGCCCUCUACGCCCAAUACGGCAUCUACCUCGCCGGCAUCCAAGACAUCCAGCUCAUGGAGCUCGCAGCGCGCACACACGACCGCACCCUGCUGUGGGGACUUGGCAAAUGCAUACUCCGCGACGCGGGCCUUUCAACUUCCGGCGCUGGGAUCCUGCGCCGUAUCAAGAGGAGAGGUCUUAGGCUUUCCACGCCGGAACGCGGUGGCUCGUAUGAUGUUUUCAAUGAGCGCCCUAUGAGCCAGGGGAUGAUUGACUACUGUGCUCUGGAUGUGGGUGUUUUGCCGAGGCUGUGGGGGGUUUAUAGUAGGAGGCUUCGGGGCAAGAGGGGGGCGGUCUGGAGGGAGAGGAUUCGGGAGGAGACGAGGAGGCGCGUGGAUGUUUGUUUUGAUGUUGGCCGGGAUGGGGGGGCGAGGGAUCAGAGGGCGGGCGGGGUGUUUGCGCCGGCUUCGUUUCGGGAGGGAGGUGAGGGGGCUGGGACUGAUGGAGGAUGA